GUAGUCAACAAACAAAUAAUCAAAAUUCUUCUCCCCCUUCAAUUCCCGAUCCAAAUCUUCGAAUUCUCCGUUCAGUUUUCAUAAUUUCUUUUAUAAUUAUUUUUGGGUGGAUAUUUGGUUCGGCAGCAAGAAAUCCUGUAACAACAUUAUGUACAAACAUGGCCACAGCUAUUUCUAAUAUUUUUAAAGACGAUAAAGGAAAUCCAUCACAAACAAUUUAUGAUAUUUUACGUACAUAUUCAAUUAGUUUAAUUACUUGUAUUAAUCCAAUUUCUGCCGGAAUUAAUUCCAUAAUUCUUUUUACUUCAAAGUAA